AUGUCCAAACGAGCUUUAGAAUGGACGUUGAAUAACAAAAACUCCAGCCAUACACAGAAUCGAUACUGGGCACUGAUUGCUGAACAAGGAGCUUGGACGAAUACAAAACUGGGAUUGAAAGCCGAUGGACAAAAGUUGGAACUUGACGUCCAUAGCAGAAGGCGAAGUCGGGAAGAAAGCUCCGUGGUCGAGGAGUCUUGCCUGACUGGCGAAAUGGUGAGGGCGCUGGUGUGA